AUGAAGAGAGAUCGAUCUGAUUACGAAGAAUCCAUCAAGAGUCUAGACAUUGCUAAAUGUUUGAUGAUACUAUCACAAACCUCAAUGGUCAAACAUAUCGGUGUGAGCCAAUUUACUGAGAGCAAUACGAGUAACCGGUUCGAAUGCAAAACGUGUAACCGGAAAUUUUCUUCGUUUCAAGCUCUUGGUGGCCACCGAGCAAGCCAUAAGAAGCCAAAGCUCACCGUUGAGCAGAAAGAUGUGAAACAUCUUAGCAACAACUACAAAGGAAAUCAUACGCACGAGUGUUCGAUAUGCGGUCAGAGUUUUGGGACCGGUCAGGCUUUAGGUGGUCACAUGAGACGACAUAGGUCAAGCAUGAUGGUCGAGCCAUCGAAGCUUAUCUCUACGGUGGUUCCUAUCAUGCCGGUUUUGAAACGAUGCAGUAGUAGCAAGAGGGUUUUGUCUUUGGAUUUGAAUCUAACUCCGUUAGAGAAUGAUCUUGAAUAUAUUUUUGGGAAGACUUUUUUCCCUAACAUAGAUAUGAAGUUCGUUGUUUAG